AUGUCAAAAUAUAGUUUUAUAACUUCAGGUGCUCCAAGGCAACCUGGUGAAAGUAACUGGAAGUAUCAUGUUCGAAAAUUAUUUACAGUAAAAACUUUAACGAGUGUAGAUGAAGAUGCAAAAAAAUCUACUCUUAGCAAAUCACUAAGUGUUUUUGAUUUAUUAAUGAUUGGAUUGGGUGGAAUAAUUGGUAGUGGAAUAUUUGUGUUAACUGGUGAAGCCGCUGGAGAAAUGGCUGGUCCAGCUGUAGUCAUUUCGUUCAUACUUGCUGGAAUUACUGCUAGUUUUUCGGCUUUAUCUUAUUCUGAAUUAGCAUCUAUGAUCCCCAUUUCAGGAUCAACUUACUCAUAUGCAUAUGCAACUAUGGGUGAACUUGUAGCUUGGAUAAUUGGUUGGGAUUUAACUUUAGAAUAUUUAGUAGGUGCUUCUGCGGUCGCAGUUGGCUGGUCAGGAUAUUUCGUAAAUUUAUUUAAGGAUGGUUUUAAUAUUGAAUUUUCAGAUUCGUGGACUAGUGCCCCAAUAACAUAUAGCAGUGACCUUGGUGGAUUUGAAAUAGUUCCUGGUGCCUAUUUUAACGUACCAGCCUUCACAAUAAUUAUUUUUCUCACUAUAUUAUCAAUACUUGGAAUUAAAGAAUCAGCUAGAUUUAAUACUAUGAUUGUUAGUGUGAAACUUAUUGUGUUAACUGUUUUCUGUAUAGCUGCCGGAAUUUAUGUGGAUCCAAAAAAUUAUAGUCCUUUUAUUCCACCUAAUGAAGGUUCAUUUUCACAGUUUGGUUUUACUGGUGUUUUGGCUGGUACCAGUGUGGUGUUCUUUGCCUUCAUAGGUUUUGACUCAAUUUCAACAACUUCCCAAGAGGCUAGAAAUCCGCAGAAGGAUUUACCAAUUGCUAUUAUGUCUAGUUUUGGUAUCGUAACGAUAUAUUACAUUUCUGUUUGGGUAACAGGAAUGCAAUGGCUUGGAAUAUUUAUAGAUUUUGGUGCAAUUUGCGGAUUGAGUUCUGUUAUUCUCGUGUUAUUAAUGGGUCAACCUCGUAUUUUUUUAGCAAUGGCAAAUGAUGGGUUAUUUUUUCCCAAAUUGGCUUCAAGAAUUCACCCACGCUUCAAAACUCCAUACAUAACCACCGCAGCAUGUGGACUUCUUUGCGCAAUAGUAUCUGCACUAUUCCCAAUUGGUGUUCUUGCUGAACUUACCUCAGUUGGUACCUUGCUUGCAUUCUUUAUCGUGAACAUAGGUGUCAUUAUAUUACGCUUCACAGCAUCCGAUGUACCAAGGAAAUUCCGAGUUCCGGGUGGUCCAUUCCUUUUCCCUCUAUCGGGAGCUUUAUUAGAUUUAUUAUUAUUGGCGACUUCAUCAAAAGCGAGUAUCGAAAGAUUAUUUAUUUGGAUGGCUGUGGGCUUAUUGAUUUAUAUUUUCUAUGGGAGAAGGCAUUCAAAAGCUAAUAAUCCCAAUAAAACAGAAGUUAUGGAAAUGGAAGAUAUCGAUGAUGUUAAAACUUCCAAAAUUGAUAAUUUCAAAUAA